UUGGUUUGUAAAUGGCUUUGUGUGACAAAGAGAUGGAAUCUGGCUUUCUGAAUUCUUCUGAGAGUUUUCCUUAUGUUGAAAAGAGUGCCUUCACACAAACAGAGCACAAUAUUGUCGCUGCAUAUCUCAUCACCGCAGGGGUGGUCAGUCUGUCUAGUAACAUUGUGGUGCUGCUGAUGUUUGUGAAGUUCAGAGAGUUGCGCAAUGCCACGAAUGCUAUCAUCAUUAAUCUGGCUUUAACUGACAUUGGUGUUGCUGGUAUUGGUUACCCCAUGUCUGCAGCCUCAGACCUGCACGGGAGCUGGAAAUUCGGCUACACGGGUUGCCAGGGAAAUGACGCCAUCGAAUGUGUUGGCUGGGCAGGAUAUGCUCCUGACCCCACAGGUGCCACCUGCACCAUCAACUGGAGGAACAAUGAUUCGUCGUUCGUGUCCUACACGAUGGCUGUGAUCACGAUCAACUUCAUCAUUCCUCUCUCGGUCAUGUUCUACUGUUACUACAGUGUUUCUGUUACUGUGAAGAGGUAUAAAGCCAAUAACUGCUUAGACAGCAUCAACAUGGAUUGGUCAGACCAGAUGGAUGUGACCAAGGUUCCAAUGACAGCCUCUUCUUCACCUCUAAACCCGUAA